AUGGAGGUGGUAACGGCUACUACAAUGUCUCCAAUGUGUUGUACCGUAACCCUGCCUUCUCUCUAUAUGGUCAUCACGUUGUUCGGGAUAUAUUUUCAGACAGUUACUAUCUAUGUAAGACAUUUUUUGCCGUGACUACUUGUUGAAUUCUCAAAAAAAUUCUCGAAAAUUAAUUUUCCAGGUAUAUCUGAAAGACUCUUUUUACCGAAAUAAUAUCAGUUAUCGUAUUCUAUGUAUAAUUGGAAUUGAAACCUUGCUCCAUAUGCUCUUUUUCCUUACAUUAAUUCCUUAUGGAUUCACUUGCGAACGACGGAGAGAGCGCUUUAUUGAAGUUACCGGUAUAAUCAGCAAUUUUAGUCAUUACAUAAACGAGCCAUUGGGUAUUCUAUUGGCUUUAAAUCGAUACACAGAGAUCUGCAUACCACAUUUUAAAUGCAAUCGGGGAACAAAGAGGACUUACAAUGUAAGAAAAUCAAGUCAUCAUCGAUGUUUCAUUUAGCUUCUUGCCCUUUUUGUGUUUUUAUUGGUAAUUCCGAUUACAAUAUGGUUAUUUACUGGAGAUGACUGUAAAAUCUACUACUUUUGUUACCGUUACAGUGUUUAUAAGGACUGUGGAAAGAUCUCUUACAUACGAGGUCGAAACUUUAUGAUUUAUUCCUGUCUUUUCGCGGAGAUUAUUGUCUACAUUGUAAUUGUGGGACAUGUGGCGGCUCAAAGAACAAUAACUGGAGAAAAGCUGAGGUUGAGAGCGCCGGAGAAAAGACUGCUCCUAAUGAGUAUCACACACUUUGUUACUGCUUUGUGGAGACAUCUGGGGCAACAUAUUAACAAUGUUUUCUUUGUCUACGAGGUAAUGUUUGUCUUUUGUCAUCAAUUACUACAUCUUUAGUGUAAUUUAUUUUUCAGCCAUUCUCGCAAGUCUCCUCAAUCACGGUAGUUGUUAUGGCGGACGUGGUCACUGCAAUACUACCAUUAAUGUUUAAUAAGUAAGUGUGAUCAAGAAAUUCUCAGGAAAUGUUAAUGUGGAAUUGCUCAUAAAUAAACGAACCCCAAGCAUUUUGUAGCCAUUUCUCUUCAUUUUCUAUCGUUUUUCAUAAAAACAACUUGGUGACUUCAAUUAUAAAGUAAUACGUAUAAUAAUUCCAGGCCACUACUUCUUGAUGUCCUCAACAUUUAUUCAGCCAAGAAUUCGCGUGCGUCAGACUCUGCAACAACUUCUAUGUAA